AUGAAAGUGGCCACCGAAGCUGAGUUGGCCGUUGUUGCCAAUGGGGCAGCGCCCUCUUCUAUCAUCCAGACUUUGCAGAAUACAACACUAGGAAACUCCCGUCGUUUAGGUACUCGUCUUUCCAGAGACCUCACAGCUGUCCAAUCUGCCCUUAUUCUUGCUGUGCGACUAUCUCUCCUUCCAGUGGACGGUCGCCUAGUCUGUUUCAACACCUAUGAUGUUCGCAAUCGGGUUUCGGCGCCAUGGAGUGGGCCUCAGGGAGCGACUGGCCUGUAUCAUACAGGCCGGCCCUGCAGCAUUGACUUGGGUGCCAACAAGAAUUACGAUGCCAUUGCUGCAAAUUUGGCUUCCUACUACCAACGCAAUCUAGAGCCACUUUUCCAAAUUAUGCCAUGA